GUCCCAUAAACACAGAAGAAAAAAGCCCCGUCCUCCAAGCAACUCACUCUCUCUGCUUUCUCUCUCUCAACUCUCUCUACGCCUCCGCACCCCCGCCGUCGUCCGCCCUGCGUCGCGCUCAUAUAUAUGUGCUUUUGGCCGCAAAGACUGCAAUAUUGCUGCGAAAUCUUCAAUUGUAGAGAGAGAAAGUGAAAGCAAUGGAACAGAGAGAAACACUAACAAUGGAACAGAGGCUUCUACUCUUCCCCUGUUUUCUGAACGCCAGCGACGCCGAGAUAGAGGUGGCGAAAAUCCUGAUUCAUCUUCCCCACAUGAUCUCCGAAUUCGAAACUCCGCUUCCAAUUCCGCUCGCGCUCGUCUGGGGAUGCAAGGGAAAGAGAUCUGCACUCGCUCUGAAGAACGACGGCGGCGCUUCCACUCUGCGUCGUCUGAUUGGACCUGAUUUUUUGUCUUCACUGCCACUCUGGGCUUCUCUGGCUCCUCGGCCUUUGGCGGCCAAGGCUCCGCCGGCUCCCCCCGUCCCUAAUGCUGUCAAGGAGGAGACUUCCAGCCCCGAUACGCCGCUGCGCUUCGAGCCCAGUGAAUCUGAUGAGAAGCAGCCUGACCACUUGAGAAGUAAACUCCUUGGUCAAAAAAGGAAGACAGAGGAAUGGAUUACAAUUGUGGACGAAUUGACUUCGAAGAAAAAAUUGCGAAAUCAAGAGCUUGAGAAUGUGAAGCGUUUCUUUGACAAGAUGGAUGGUCUUAAUUUGGAGUUGAAAGCAAGGAAAGAGGAGCUAAUGAGACUUGGCCAUAAACUGGAAGAGGAGCAGCGUUUGGAUACGGACCCAAGCCCGGAACCAACUGUGCAAUUAAGCCAACCGACCCAACUCACGUUUGUGACUCCGCCUCAAGCGGCCCCAAAUCAAGAGCCUUACCAACAUCCAAUUCCAAUGCAAAUGCAAAUUCCCUCUCCUCCUAGUGUGAUUUUUUAUCAACAUCAACUGCAGCAGCUGAUCAUGGAUCAAACGGCCAAAAAUCAAAGAAGAGAGUUCAAUGUGGGCCCGCGAGGGGAUCACGUUAACCUCUGUUUUAAGGAUUCAAUCGUGUUGAACUCCUCCCAGCCGUUUGAUCUUGGCUUGGUUAACAAGGAUAUGAUUAGGAAAAGGGCUGCUGAGGCAAGGCAGAAGAGGCUCGAAAUCUGUAGGGUCAAGAAAUCUCGCUUCCACUCCAGAUGACAUGGCAUUGGCUAAUGUUUUUUUUAAUUUUUUUAAUUUUUUGCCCCUAAUAAUUUAAUUACUUUAUUUGGGGUGUAAUAUUUUAGCCAAACCAAAGGUUUGAUGAGGUUUUAGCAAUUAUUAUGGUGAGACUUAGUACGUAGAUAUAUUGUACCUAUAAUUCCAUAUAUUAACAUUGUCAUAGACCAAUUAUUUUGGUCUAGGAAUUACAAUUGUGUCGAUGUUUGAUUGAUAUAUUGUUAAUUUGGAUUUCGUUCAAUAACUAUUUCCGUGUGUAA